AUGUGCGGCGAGGUGGGCUACGAGGCGCCCGUCGUCUACGCCAACAUCCUCCUGGGCACCGCGCCGCCGCUGGGCGCCGUCGCGGCCUCCUACGCGCUCAUCCUCCGCGAGUGCCGCGGGCAGCGGCUCCCCGGCGGGCGCCGGAGGGCGCUGAGCACGUGCGUCACGCACCUGCUCCUCGUGCUCGUAUACUUCACGUCGAUCUUCUUCUUCACGUUCGCCACGGGCCUCAGGCUGGGCGCGGCCACGUCCGGCGAGGGGGUGACCGCCCUCCAGACCGUCCAGUUCAUCCUGCCGCCCGCGCUGAACCCAGUCAUCUACGGGCUCAGGACGGCGGAGGUCAGGCGAGGGCUGGCGAGGUUGUUGCCAAGUAAAAUAUGGCCCAGCAGUUAGGGGCGGGGGGGGGCAAUGGUGGUUUGUUGUUUUAUUGUUGUUGUUGUGCAGACUUCCGCCCUCCCCAUCAACGUAAAAAAUAUUAAAUGAAACAUCGCUUCCUGUUGGUAGGCUCGAUGUGAAUCACACCAAAGGUUGAGAGGGUUUGUCCGAGCUGGCCACUGACCUUCAGUGUGGCCUGUGUAGAGCACCCAUUGGAAAUCCGCUUGUGAGUGAUUUGAGAGUCGGUGAAUUUCAGAGAAACGAUGACUAUAAUAAUAGUGUUUAGAACAGUGGUUCUUAACCUGGCGUCGUGUAGUGUAGUAGAUAGUAGUGGCUAGUGUCUAGUCGUCUAAAGUGUAGUAUAUGGCAUAGUGUGAAUCGUAGUGUAGUGUAUAGUAGUGUAUUAGACUGUAUUGUAGUGUAUAGUCGUGUAUAGUGUAAUGUAUAGUCUAGUGUAGUGUACAGUAGUGUAUAGUGUAGAGUAUAGUCGUGGGGAGUGUAUAGUAGCGUAUAGUGUAGUGUAUGGGAGUGUAAAGCGUAAUGCAUAACAGUGUACAGUGGAGUAUAUAGUGCAGUGUAGAGUGGAGUGCGUAGUGUUGUUGUAAAGUAGUGUAUAGUGUAGUUUAUAGUGUAGUGGUUCUUAACCUGGGAUGGGGGUCGAUGCGAGACAUUGCCUGAUUUGUUUAGAAAGUAAAUAAUUGACAACACAAAUUAAGCAUGGGGCACGUAAGUUACAAUUCAUUUUGUUUCAUAUUCUAUUUUUAUUUCUGUAAAGUCAAGAUAGAAAACAAUAAUGAUAACAAUAAAAUAAUACAAAUACAAGUGAAAAGAAAG